AUGACGCUCCCUUUUGACAUUCCAGGGUCUGCCUUCCACAAGGCUCGCAUGGCGGUGAAGAGGCUGGCGAACAUACUCGCGGUAUGCGCGGGAAAGUCUAAAGCGAGGAUGGCGGCCGGAGAAGAGCCGACGUGUCUGAUAGACUUCUGGAUGCAGCCUAUAGUCGCGGAGGCUGCAUCCGGUAAUCCGCCUCCGCCUCAUUCUAGAGACGAGGAGAUAGGAGGCUUCCUCUUCGACUUCCUCUUCGCCGCGCAAGACGCGUCCACGUCAUCGCUUCUCUGGGCGGUGACGCAGCUCGAGUCGAAGCCGGAUGUGCUGAGGAGAGUCAGGGAGGAAGUUGGAAGCAUAUGGACGCCUGAGUCCAACGCGUUGAUCACAGUUGAUCAGCUCGCGGAGAUGAAGUACACGCUCAACGUGGCGCGUGAGGUUGUGAGAUACAGGCCACCGGCGACUAUGGUCCCACACGUGGCAGCUGUAGACUUCCCUCUCACGAAAACUUACACUGUACCUAAAGGAACCAUCGUCUUUCCCUCGGUCUUCGACUCAUCGUUCCAAGGGUUCACUGAACCGGACCAGUUUGAUCCAGACCGGUUUAGCGAGACCAGGAAAGAAGACCAGGUGUUCAAACGCAACUUUCUCGCUUUUGGAUGGGGCUCUCACCAGUGCGUAGGUCAGCGUUACGCACUGAACCACCUCGUGCUCUUCAUCGCCAUGUUCUCGACGCUGCUGGAUUUCAAGAGGCUUCGAUCUGACGGCUGCGAUGAGAUCGUGUACUGUCCCACAAUAUCUCCCAAGGACGGAUGUACGGUGUUCUUGUCUAGGCGCGUCGCAGCGUAUCCGUACCUUACGUUGAAUUAAUUUGGAGUCUUGUCUUUAUUACUACUGCUGUUUCGUGGCGUGUGUCUCUCGAAGCUAGUGGCGUUAAAUAUUAUUGAAUUUGAAGAUGUCAGUAUCGUGUUCACUGUUCACCAAUUUGUUUUGUCUUUUUCUUUGUAUGGAUUAAGUUAUGGCGUGUGAAGUCAUGUCGUGAAGUUAUGGCAUGCAUUUAUAUGUUGGAUUUGAUUUUUAUGGUCAGAUAUGUUUAAGUCGAUUUAAAUCUUA